GAAAUAAAGUGAAAAAGACAAAGCACAUCGCAAUAAUCGAGCAAAGAUAAAGAAACAAAGGGUAUAAACUUAUUGAUUACUCUCUUAAUGCCAUAUAAGUUAAGCGCAUGUACUUGCUUAAUCAUCCAUAAUCAAGAACGAACCCCAAUUUGUUUAUUUAUUUAUUAUUAUUUAAAUUAAUUAAAUCCGAAAAUAUCAUGUUAAAAGAAAUCCAACAGCCUCUGUAUCUGUUUCCCUGUUUCGUUGUCUGUUGGCUUCCUUUAGCGCAGCUUAGCUUACCCUUUGAAGUUUGAACCUUUCCUUCUCUCUCUGCGACAUCAUGAUGAUGCUUGGAGCUCAAUUCCAAGUCCCCGCACUAGAUGCUUUCAGGGUUUCAAGGGCAAGUGAUGGUGGAGGAGGUUUGAUCCCGAAUUCUGGUAGGUGCUUGUCGAUUCAAUUCGGUCUCAAAAGAAGCCUAAAGUUACAGUGUCGCGGUGGACGUAAAUCAAUCCUCAUCUCCUGCAACUCUUCUCGUGGAAGCUCCUCCGAUGGUGGUGGCCAAUCUACCAAUGCCCAUGAUGACCACGAUCACGACUUUCUCCAAGCUUCCCUUCUCAUUUCAGAAACUCGCAUACACUACCUUAUGCGGAGACAAGGAUUUCAAGAAGAGAUGAGAUGGCGAUUACCUGGUAGAUGGAACCCAUUUGCUGUCCUUUCAAAGGAAUCAAGACCCGAAAUGAGUUUUAUAGGACAUGAGUUUCUUGGUCGCUUCCAAAAUCCCACUAUUUUUCUUAAAGUUUCUUGUGAUGGAGACUUCUUGCUGCCAAUUAUUGUUGGGGAAUUUGCUAUUGAGAAACUUGUAGAUAACAUUCUAGAAGGAGAUGAUAAUGGGGACUGUCCAGACCAGUUUCAGCUUGUGAAAAAUCUGGUGGAAAGAAUUGAUUAUGAAAUAAAAAUGGUGAGAAUUACACAGAGAGUGGUUAACACUUAUUUUGCAAGGGUGUAUUUUAGCAAGCCAGGAGAAAAUGAAAUUCUAAGUGUAGAUGCACGGCCGUCUGAUGCCAUUAAUGUGGCAAACAGAUGCAAGGCCCCAAUUCUUGUAAGUAAACAAAUUGUCUUCACAGACGCUAUCAGAAUUAGCUAUGGGAUUGGAGAUAGGAAGCCAACUUAUGAUAUAUCCCUUGACAGUCCUGCUGAUGGUCCAGAUUCACUAUCUGAGGAGCUUUAUAUUGUGAAGAAUAUGAAUUUAGCUAUUAAAGAGCAAAGAUAUGUUGAUGCAGCUGUGUGGAGAGACAAACUGAUGGAACUUCGCCAGUCAAGACAUAAAGAAUAGCCAACUUUUCUACUCUUAUGAGUUGUUCAUUAUAUAUAUAUAUAUAUAUAUAUAUAUAUAUAUAUAUAUAUAUAUAUAUAUAUAGUUGCUGCCUUCACUUGUAUAUAACAUUAUUUCAGGACUUGAUGUAUUCAUGUAUAUUUAAGUUUCUUUUAGGACUUUGAUGUAUUAAGAGUUCCUACUUCCUGGUGUGUGGUUUCUGGCUGAGUCAGGGCUGUUCUUUUUGUGCUCAGUCUAGAUGUAGUUUCCAAUAAAAUGUUGGCAUAGUGUUUCUA